CUUAUUCAUUCGGUCAUUUUGACGUAUACCGUUACCCGCCUUACAACAUCCUCAUCCCUCACCCCCUCUGACUUCCUCAGUCGCGAGGAAAGUUUAGGUUCAAAGUCUGGGUUCAAAAGUAAUAAAAUAAGAAAUUGUAUAUUUAAGUUAUUUCAUUUUACAGUUCCAUUAAACUUUACAAGCAUGGGGAACAGCAAGUUAUUAAAUGCAUUGAAGAUCUUAAGAAACCGCAAAGACAUGUUUCUAACAGGUAUACACAGCAGAACCUACGCCGCUGCUGCAAGCCAAGUUCAUACCAAGUGCAAAUUGGUCAAUGGCGUUUACGUGAUCACUUUAGAUUCUCCUAAUGUUAAGGUAAAUUCUUUAAACACUGAGGUAAUGAAUGAAGUGUCAAAUAUUGUGAAUGAGGUAGACUCUAAUCCUUCUAUCGAGGCUGCAGUUGUGAUAUCAGGCAAGCCUGGAUGCUUUAUUGCUGGAGCUGACAUAACCAUGCUUGAAAACUGCAAAACAAAAGAGGAAGUAGUAACUUUAUCUAAGCGUGGCCAUGAAAUAUUCAGAAGGAUUGAAAACUCGCGUAAACCAUACAUUGCUGCGAUACAAGGAAGCUGUCUUGGUGGCGGCCUUGAGACAGCUCUUGCUUGUCGCUACCGUAUUGCUGUUAAAGAUUCUAAAACUGCAUUUGCACUGCCCGAAGUCAUGUUGGGACUAUUGCCUGGUGGAGGAGGAACCCAGAGGUUACCAGCAUUAACAUCUGUACCCACAACAUUAGACAUGGCUCUUACAGGCAAAAUGGUUAAAGCCGACAAAGCCAAAAAGUUAGGUAUUGUGGAUUUGCUAGUUUCCCCUCUUGGACCAGGUAUUGGCCUGCCAGAAGAAAACACUAGCAAAUAUUUAGAAUCUGUUGCAAUUCAAAUAGCAAAAGAUAUUGCAUCAGGAAAAAUAAAAGUGGACCGGUCGAAGAAAGGCCUAGUUGAAAAAAUCACUGCUAUGGUGAUGCAAUGGGACUUUGUUAAAAAUAUGAUAUUCAACAAAGCCAAAGAACAGGUUAUGAAGGCCUCUAAAGGACUUUAUCCUGCACCUUUGAAGAUUCUUGAAGUUGUACGAGUAGGAGUAGACAAGGGACCUGUUGCUGGAUAUGAAGCAGAGGCUGACGGUUUCGGAGAACUGGCAAUGACCCCACAAAGCAAGGGGCUUAUUGGCCUUUUCAGAGGUCAAACAGAAUGUAAAAAAAAUAGAUUUGGAAAGUCUGAAGUGAAUGUAAAAAAGAUUGGUGUACUUGGAGCUGGUCUCAUGGGUGCAGGCAUUGUCCAUGUAUCUAUUGAUAAGGGAUACAAUGUGGUAAUGAAAGAUGCAACAAACGCCGGACUAUUCAGAGGUGUUGGACAAAUUCAAACAGGUUUGAGCAGCGCCGUUAAGCGGAAGAGAAUCUCUGCGUUACAGAAAGACAAAUAUCUUUCAAAUCUAGUACCAACACUGGAUUAUGCUAAGUUCAAGGAUGUUGAUUGUGUGAUUGAAGCCGUAUUUGAAGACAUUAACAUUAAACACAAAGUCAUAAAGGAGCUUGAGGCUGUUGUCCCUAAACACUGUAUCAUAGCAACAAACACAAGUGCUAUUCCUAUCACUAAAAUUGCCGCUGGGAGCAGCCGGCCAGAUAAAGUUAUUGGCAUGCACUACUUCUCGCCGGUGGACAAGAUGCAGUUACUUGAGAUCAUCACGCAUCCGGGCACUAGCAAAGACACGUCGGCGGCGGCUGUGGCCGUGGGCCUACGCCAAGGGAAAGUCGUCAUCACUGUUGGCGACGGGCCUGGAUUCUACACCACGCGCAUACUUUCUACCAUGUUGAGCGAAGCUGUCAGACUAUUGCAAGAGGGUGUCGAUCCCAAGGAGUUGGACAACAUGACCAAACAAUUUGGUUUCCCCGUCGGCGCGGCAACACUAGCUGAUGAAGUUGGUAUCGAUGUUGGCUCGCACAUCGCAGUAGACUUAGCUAAGGCUUUUGGAGACCGAAUCAGUGGAGGAAACCUAGGUAUUAUGCAAGAUUUAGUCAAAGCUGGCUUCAUGGGGCGCAAGUCGGGCAAGGGCUUUUAUGUUUACGAAAAAGGCUCAAAGAACAGAGACGUUAACCAUGAAGCUAUACAAAUUUUGAAAGAUAAAUACUCUCUAGAGCCUCGUGGUGCCAAUACUGUUGAGGACCAACAAUUGAGGAUGGUUUCAAGAUUUGUAAAUGAAGCUGUAUUGUCAUUAGAAGAAAAGAUCUUACACAGCCCUCUGGAAGGUGACGUGGGUGCUGUAUUUGGGCUUGGAUUCCCACCUUUCACUGGUGGACCAUUCAGGUGGGUUGAUCAAUUUGGUGCUGAGAAAUUGGUGAGGAAGAUGGAAGAAUACCAAGGCCUCUAUGGAGCGCCUUUCAAACCCGCUCAAACACUUGUUGACAUGGCUAAAGAUUCCUCCAAAAAAUUCUAUAAACACUGAAUGAGACUGCUGUAAUAUUUAUAACAUUGCUUUAUUGAAAUAAGCGUUAAUUAAUAUUACGUCAAUAUGUUUUGAUCGUUAUAAUCGAUACUGCCUACCAUAAUCAUGUAAAAUGUAAUGUUAAUCAGGUUACUAAAAUACGCUCAUUCACUAUUUUGCGUUUAACAUUUUCUGAAAUCUACUCCUAGUUUGUAUCAAGCAUCCUUAAUUAUAUCAUUAGACUGUUGUAUGAAGAGAGUAUUGUGAAUAGGAGAUUGACAUUUACAUAUUUUUGUUAGAUUAUAUCCGUAUUUGAAAUAAAAACUAUUUAUUUAUA